GCGAGCUUGUGACCCGAGUGGGGGCUAUGAGUUGUUGGAACAUUGGGAUUGCCUUCGCGGCCGGGUCUUGGAGACGCCAUCAUUGGGCCGCCCUGUCCAAGCUGGGAGUUGGGCCAAGGUUCUUGUUCGAAGGAAUGGGAGUCUUGUCCACUAAAAUGUUGGGGUAAUGCGUGAGGCUGGUUUCACAGAGCAGCGAAAACCCCCUCCUCUCAGCAGUGGAAGGAUAACGGUCCAUCGUCUUCUAGGCCCAUCUAACCUCAAGGGCUACCCAAUUGGGACCUUCACCUUUUGCUAAUUUUUUUCUUUUAAUUCUUUGAGACAUUUUUGUAAAUAAAAAAAAUUAAACUCAAAGUAAAACCCAAAGAUGUCGACGAAGGUCACCCUAAAACCCCUCGAGGCUGAGGAUGAGGAGGAACCUGUAAUGGCAGAAGAAGACAAUUCAAGAAAAGAAGUGGAUCUUGGGAAUGGAAGCGGCGUGAUUUACAUACCCAGAUUCUUAUCCUGCCACCAAUCCCGGGAUUAUUUGAAAUACCUCAACGACCACAUUCCUUGGACCCGACCCACCAUUCGCGUAUUCGGUCGGCCUUUUCUUCAGCCUAGGGAAACUUGCUAUGUUGCAAGCAAAGGAUUGCGAGAGUACGUUUACAGUGGAUAUCAACCACGUGCGUAUUCUUGGGAAGAAUUUCCUCCUCUCAUGGACAUCCUAGAUGCAGUCCAUAAAGCAAUUCCCGGAACCUCUUUCAACAGCUUGCUUAUGAAUAGGUACAACGGAGGGAAUGACUACGUUGGAUGGCAUGCCGAUGAUGAGGAAAUUUAUGGUCCCACUCCAGAUAUUGCAUCUGUUUCCUUCGGAUGUGAAAGGGACUUCUUUUUGAAAAAGAAACCAAGUAAAAUUUUCCGAGGUAAAUAUGGUGAAGAUGAAUCCCCGAGCAAGCGUUCCAAGAAGCCAGACGAUCCAGAAAAGCACCGUUUUGCACUAAAAAAUGGAUCAUUGCUGGUAAUGAGAGGCAAUACUCAACGGGAUUGGCUCCACUCCGUGCCAAAGCGUGCAAAAGCUGUUGGAAUGCGAAUAAACCUCACUUUCAGGCACGUUCUUUGAAUGUGAAAAAUACCAAAAUAGGACUUUCAUGUUUUUUUUCCCAGAAUAGGACUUUACAAUGUGGUAAUGUGACUUUGCAUUGUGGUAAUAUGGCAGUGUACUAUACUUUCUUGGUAAUAUAUAUGACCAUGUUUGGUAAUGUAAGUCCUAUUUCGGGAAUAAAAACAUGGAAGUCCU